AUGGAAGUUCUUUUGGAGUGUGACAGCAACUUAAAUAAGGCGAGUUCUUAUCGAAAAACAUGUGUCGCGGAAUGAGUUCUACUUACUGUGUACAUGCACUUGGUGUCACUAUGUAAUGACACCAUUUGACUUAAAUCUGACACGCACGACUUAAUUAGGGCAUGCAUACUGGAUCUCCCUGUGGCAGUUCGCUAAGCAGUGAUAAUGCUCUGUCGGCUUCUCUGUUUUCAUGGUCUUUAUGGCAUGAGUAUUGUGGCUAUCUGCUGCCGUUUCAGUACCAGGACACUGCAGUCGAAAGCAUGCUUUCGACUGCCUUUGUUUACUUUACAUUAUUUUCUGCAUUAAAAGUUUUGGAGUCAUCGUAGGUCAGAGUUCUCCCAACCUAACCGUUUGACCUCGUUCGAUAGCCAUUCGCUGUGUUAAUAGCUGUGAACUCUUUCUCGCUUCUCUUCUAAGGCUGUCCUGGUAAUCGGAAGCUUAAUUCCGAAAACUGAUCGCGUGAGACAGUCAGAGAUAAUUCGUUGCUUCUCGCGUGUGGGUUGGCGUCGUGAUCCUCUGCUUUCAUCCAAGCUCUCGCGCCCAUAUUUGACCUAUUUUUGCCCAGACCGUAGUGUCGCGUUAAUUUAACCUCAGUCGUUAACGACUAUCUUCGGCUUUGAGAAAUAAAGUCGGAAAGUUUUUCCUUCAUAUGGCCUAGAACCUCCGUUGAACAUGCCUCUCCAAACAUCGUACGCCUGUCAGAUCACGGACCUUUCGGUUUUUUUAUCACUACGGAUGUGAAUGGUCUGUUUGUUUUAGCCUAUCUGGCAAUAAACGCAGGCCCCAGCUUUUGUGUUUCUGUACUAAUAUGUACAAGCUGGCCAGAAUAUGACUUAAAAUCUUCUCCACACAGAGUUUAGAUUUGUAACGUAGGAGAAAAGUUUGACCCGUCAAGGAGACUUCGCUCUUAUUAUAUGGUGAAUGAGGUACUACUUAUUCUAAACUAUUUGAUCAAAUAGUUUUCAGACCGGUAAAAGGUGCCUUUUAUUUGUUAAACCCACUUGACAAGAAAACUAAAUGGAAAUGGGUAUAGCUUUUAGUCUGUUAGUAACCAACCUUAUUCCUCUUGCCCGCACAAUUUUAGUGUUGGAAACUUUGCUAUCUCUUAUAACUUCUCUUCAUUCACUGCGGCUGUUCUCCAGCAUUUCUUUACUUUUGCUCGCCCCUGUAGCAUUGUAUUUGCCUUAUGGAGGUGCUGCCACUUUUUUCACCUAGUCUGACUUAUCCCCUACUGGUCUAAUUCUGCUCACAUAUCCUUUUAGGCUAAUUUUUACGAAAGACGGGCUGAAGUAGCCCUAAAGAACAUUUCCAAGCACAUUCACCUUUUGGAGAAGAAUUAUACGGAUGCCGUGACUUGUCUGCGUAACGCAAUCGGUACUUUUCUUAACUGGCGCUUUAACCUACUUUUUCGUGUUUCGUUGAAUUUUUUGAUGCUCGACUAUUAAUAUAUUCCACUGUUGUCUAGGCAAGCCGACCACAGGUUAGUGAGUUGUCCAAGCCGCUGGCCGAAGAGUUCCCUCACACUGCACAACAUUUCAGUGUCUUUCGUAUAGUUAAAACGCAGCUUCAUGCAUAAUAACGUCUUUUAUGUUCCCUUCAAAUUCCACCGCAGUCAUUCGUGUCGUGCGUUGUGGAUGUCACAUACUGAUAUUUCGUGGCCUGAAGCACCCUCCUGAACCCGCGGCACACUACCGUUUGGUCCUCCUUCAUUUCGCCGUCAUGCUUGCCCUUUUCUUUAUAUUCGUAGUAGGACUCUGCUUGCUUUCUGUUGCCAUAAACUUUUACCUUUCUUGGCGAACAUUACGAAAUCUAGUUGCUUGUUCAUGGGAAGGGGGUUUUUAAUUUUUUCAUGGUUGCCGUUGCACCUAACCAAGCCAUAUGCCCUGCUGUUGCUGUAUAACCUCAGGUACGUGCGCAUUUUGCUGCAAUGAUAUGCACCGCCUCAUCAAACGAGACCACCUGCCCUGCUGGUUACUCGGCGCCUCAGUGGAUGGCAGACAGGGAGUUGCACUUUACCAAAAGUUGGCUGCGAAGGAAUUCGACUUCUGCAUCGGAAAAAUAAAUGGUUGCGCGACGCAUUCGCGACAGUCUUACUAGAAUCCGAAUAUCUGAGUUCUCCUUAAAAAAAAGCUCCACAAACUGCCUCAAAUUUCUAUUACGAUACCGUAAUUUAAUGAUAAUUCAUAGUUUCUAGAUGGGUUCUUAUUUUAUCGCUGUCCUACUGUUAUGGUUUAACGUGCCCAUGCACUGGGGUAGUCAGCUGCAAGCACACGAAUUAAACCGUUUCCAAAAACUCCCGAUAGAAUUCAUGAAAUAAGUGUUUUGCCAUCCAUGUUGGCGCGGUGAGGCUUGCAUUGUUGGGCACGUAAGUGGACGCGGACGCGCCGAUCAGUAGUUCGCGUGCUUGCAAGCAACGGACUGCCGCUCAGUUUGAUUCCUUCUCUACAGCUUUCGAGUUGCCCGAUGUGAAUCUCUGUGAUGGAAAAUGUGACCAGGCUGUGUUUCUAUGAAAAUUUUCGUUGCGAUCAAGGCGUGCUAUUGCCAUAUGAAUGUCCAUUUUCUUUUCCAACACUUCUGUACUUGACUUGGAUUUCGACAUGACUUCACCCCGUCACCCAUAUUAUUUAAAUUUAUCAGCAAUUUGAUCCCGAAGACCCUGUUUGUAAUCUUUAUCGACGUUCACUCCGGAAAGACGGGUUUACCAGCUGGCCUGGCUGCUACCUAACUGAUCAGCCCAUGGGUUGCCUAUGGUGGAAUGGGCUAAUUGCGGGGUAAGCCGGCUCUUGGGUCUGUUAAAUAAGUAGUCGCAUAUCAUCAAUGACAGUGCUACUAUGAUGCCGAGGACUAAAGUCUGGCACUUCGGCUGCCUUAUAAAAUGUUGCAAAGCCUGAUGACGACCAUGGACCGUCAUUAAAUAAUUUUCCUCGCUACCACUGUCCUUUAGUUAGAUUUUAAGUCAGAACGCUAGGGGCUAUAACUGAAAAAACAUUUCGGUUAACUGUUGGGGGUUCACGUGGGCUAAAAAUUUCAGAUAAAACUUAGGGGAAUGCUUGAUUUACGUAUUUGGACCCAUGCUGCGUCGUCCACGUUGAUCAAUGUGUUUCGUGACUUCUCCAGUUAGGCAGGCGAAUAUAAGGCAAGCUAGACUGCCCAAUCGAAAGAGGACACUUGUAUUAGAUGCCGGAAUGUGCGACUGUUCCUCGUCCCUGGUACCCAAAGCCUCACGUGACACAGUCUUCAACAGUAUGAGGUGGAUGACCAUCCCCAGGUUAUUUUAGGAAUCUCUCGCUCAGGCGCUCGGACAAUCAAGAUCUCAGGCUCCACUUCCACUUCACCUUAUACCGCACCAACUUCUGGCAGAUACGGCGCGAAACAUUUACUGCUUGUGUGCAGGCCAGCCAAUGACCUGCUGGCAUACGUAAGACUGAUGGGACAUUUAACAAACGUCGCUGCCGUCUGUGUCUACGAAGCAACCUCACUAACCGAUUAGUAAGAUGUACUCGCAGCUGCAAGAGCUGGUUAAGCACCUUCCUCAUUGUGGCCUACUGAACGUUGUCGGCGGUUAGACUGCCAAGACUUAGUCAAGCGACUCAUCUGACAAUCGUCUUACUGGCCGCUUUAGGCCUGGUUCUCAAUGAGAUGAGAGAAUUUUGGGCUUUGCUAAACGGAAUUGGUUUGUUGUCAUCAACGCAUGUUUCCAAUAUCGCCACAAGCAUCUGUUGAUCUUCGGUUCAAACAAUGGUCGAACUGUGGGUUUAACGGACUAAAUUCCAUUCAUGUUCCACAUGGUUCCACAACUGUGUGGCAUCAAUUGCUAUGUGGUGUCCAAAAUGGCCUCUUCUCUAUGGAAGAAAUCGGCGAUGCUAUUCUGGGGCUGUGCAGCAGCAGUGCUUACGGAAAGAAGGACAUCCACGUCGAAGUCUUCAAAUCUCGUGUCAACAUUCUGGCACCUUGGUCUCUGAACUGAGAGCGCGAACGUUAGGAGGUGAGCUCGUUUCUAGUGACUGAGACGCGAUCAUCCUUCUCUCUGUCUUUGAAAUGUGAAUAGCGCAAAGUGCAUGAAUUAACGCGUCAUAAGUCCUGUCAGUUUUGGUGAGAGAGUUCACUUUUAUCGUCACCUUUCGUCCUCUGUCCCUGCAAUGUCUUCGCCUUUGUGUUUGACUUCACGAUUUGCCAAACUUGUUAGACAGCCUAUUUCUGGGCGAAUUUUGGUUAUUUCGAAGUAAAGUUUGUCCUUUAAGAGGCAUGCAACGGGUAAGGUUUUGAAAGAAUGAAGAGGAUUGCAAAGUCCGUGAAAGACUCCGGUCCCGACGAAUGCUUCGCCUUCCGACUGAAAGCUCGGGUUAAAUUAUUUGUGUUGAGAAAGGACGGAGGAGACUGGACGCCAGCAUGUUUUUUACAUAUUUUGCACCUCUCAGCACGUAGGAACGCGGAGAAAUUAGUGUCUUUUGUUUGUGCUGGCCCUGCACUGGUUAGACAUUGACUCGCCAUGGUUUGCAAGAUAUCAGUAAGCCUUGGUUGUCUGUUUUGUCAGUUUCUGUACGAAAUUCGGUUUGGUUUACUGAAGUUCUCCUUGAGGAAACUUGUGAUUUGAUAUUCCAUCCCGAAUAACCUGCAAUUAAUUAGUCUAGACUCUUUGUGACCCGAAGAACUGUUGUAGUAUGCGGAACGUAGGACGCAUACUGUUGAGCAUUGGUCUUCUACUAAGUACUGCUCGGAUCUGAAGACAUUGCUACAGCUGGUGACCGAUCUUAUGAAUUGUUAACUACAAUUCUUAAAUGCGUUUUCGAUUACAUAACUAAGGCUGUAGUAUUGAUUAUCGUGCAGUGUGACCCGAAGGUAUUUUAGUCACGCCAGACUGCCGACUUUUGGAUGCUUCUCUUUUUGACCGACUGCAAAAACCUCAACCGGUAAAAAGAUUGUCACUUAAGUGGAACGAAUUUUUUCAUUCAUUUCGGAUGCUAUUGUUAGUUAAAACAUGUUUUGUGGAUAACAUGGUCAAAAAUAGACUUACUUGUGUAAAUCUGACAGCAAUUCAUGUCUUUUUUUUAAUUUGAUGCCAGGGUAAACAAUAUAUUUAAGGUUUAAGAUAAUUUCAGUUCCCGAAAAAGUUCGAGCCCGAUCUGCCGUUGCAUUCAUAUUCAGGGUUUACCGUCUAGAAACUGUAUGCUUUCCAUGUAAAGGAACCCCACAUUCUUCUUUACCACUAAGAAGUUACCAUAUAGGACUCAUACAAUUGUCCAAUUUAUGUAGGCUCUGUUGUGUACUUCGUAGGAACAUUAACAAACAGACAGAUACGAUGCUAUUUGAGCAUACAUUUCACAGUCUUAUAGAACCUCAUAUUUGCAAACAUUCUAAAACCGAAAAAUACCCAUCUUCGGAUUUACAAUCUUAUGACGCAAUUUGCAACCAAAUGAGUACAAGGAAGCACAUUUUAAUCAUAUGUUCUAUCUAAUAUUUGAAUGAAUAAGAGCAUCAAAAGUCGGUGGAAAAAUUCAUGCUGCUCAAGUAUUCCUCCCAGCCCGCUUUUAAUUCGUCAUCCUAGUUUUCGUCUCCGUUAUAGUGUUAAAUUGUAUAAAAUCAUCUGUAACUUAUCCAAUUCGAUGAUUAUGCUCGAAUCGGCGCUAUAGGGUGUUCGAAAAAAGAAUGCCAUUUGUACGACUAACGACGACCUGGUCGUCGACCGCAUAGCUGAGUACUGGAAUUGACCAAACUGGUUUUAAAUAAAGCCAAUACAGAUUCUGGAAGUCAAACCCUAUCUUAUGUCUUAUUCUGUGCUGUUUCUUGCCUACUCUGGCAGAUCAUAUGUGGCCCGUCCCUGCGACUGCAUUGUUCCUUAUUGUUCGGAAGUUUUCUUUGCCCCAAAGGUUGAUUUUUUUCUGCCAUCUGGCGUGUCUGUUUUCCCAUUAUUGGCAGGUUUUUUGGAGUCCGCUCAGGCCGAAUUGCCAGAAAUAGACGAUGAGCGCUCCAUUUGUGACCUACGACUCUCCGAACUCCACCGUCGGCUGGAAAUGAUACGUCCUUACCGUUUCCUUAAAUCCUGCCAUUUUGACGAAAAGCGCACCUUUGGCGCUACACCUCCGAUCACCAAUUUCCUGGAUCGAAAACUCUCCGUCCCCCUGCUGCGAACUAACCAUGGUUCUUGCGUUGCUGACUGGGAUCCUGAGCAUUCGGACUGGACUUUCUGCAGGCCACUUCCCGCAGGUGCUGACACUGCCUGUCUCGCAAAGAAGUAUCCCAAAAGCCAGGACCAGCUUCUAGAAGAAUCAUCCGUUCGAAUCCGAGAGCUCACUAAAAUGGUAGGCCUAGACUCUCUUUUUCCGACUUUCUUGUCGACUUAUCAUUGGUCGUUUGCUGAUUUUCUUUCUGUACUCGCCUCUUCAGGUGCUGUUGCCCAUUAAAUACUGUCUAUCCGCGUUCAUACUCACACUUACCGGAUGCGCACCUUGUGAUUGUCCUAUGCCAAUUUGCGUUAGGGCAUGGGAAUAUGGACCAUUCGUAUUACAGCUGGCGUUACGCUAAAUUCCAGGGGAAGGGGUUAGAAUUAAAGUUAACUUCUGAGAACAGGUACUCCCUGAAAUUCAACGCAAGGCCGCAUGUACUGCGAGGGGAUCCAUAAUCCCGUUUUCCAACCCUACUGACGAUUAUCAGGAUACUUUCAAUUUCACUUUGUAAAGCCUGCUGGAGGUCCAUUUAUUUAAUUGCAGUGAAAUAACGUUACAACAGACAAAUAUUUUUGUCAUGCUGCCCGACGCGAAACUUUACGACUUCAUUCGUCCCUAUCCACAUGUGCACAAAGGUAUUUUACGAUGUAAUUCCACUCUUGCUUAUUAUGUACGCAAAGAUCUCCCGGCAAAUAUUCCUCUUCCUUCUAAGUGCUUUCUCUGAGUUCUGCUGAAUGAAUUAGAAGAACAUGGAAACUCACUGUUGGAAGAUGUUCGGGUUAUAAAAUUACAUCCUGCCAGUUUUGUCACUCAUCACUUUCUAGUAUGAAAUAACGCAUAGCAUUUACUUCUCAGUAACCCCUAUAAAUUUAUUUAACUGCAUAUGGUAGAUGCCUGAGCAUAUUCUUUGCCCGUGGAUGUGGAAGUCAGGUACCCUAAACUAACAUUUGUUCCUAACUCUGAUAGAUUGUAUUCAGAUUCUCAUCUUUUUCAGCUCAAGUUCCAUUGCGGUACAGUUCAAGAAGUGUGGGCUGGUAGAUUUAUGCAAAAUUGCUCUGGUACAUUGGCUGUGGGCUGAUUUUCUGCAUUUCUGAGGAUCUUGCCGCUCCACCCACCAACUGUGACUAGGUUGGUUAUUGCGUUAAAGGAAUGCACUUUAUCGACUACGUACGGCUGCAUCCAUCCGAUUCAUGACAGUACAGUGAUGUGGAAGCAAGUCGAUCGUCCUCGAUCAUCCCAGAGACAGCACGCUCCGGGAAUUUCAUUAAACACGACGUACCCCUUCUUAAGGCGUUACUGCUAGUCGUAAGUCUUCAUGUCAUUGCCGCAGAAGAAACACUACCUUCUCUGUAACGUUCAGAUGGCUGUGUUCCUCAUCUGGAAGUUCUUGGUGUUAUUUACUAGACCUAGGCUGCAUGAAACCUCGCCAAAGUUUCGCUCAUCCGUUCUAUAUCAUCUAUUUCUCUUCUACUGGUCCAAUUCACAAAUCCAUAGUUCUGCGCAGCAUGUCGAUUUCACCCUCAAUGAGCUUACCUCGGAUUUUCUGGUAACAUUGGUGUCAGGUCAUCAAAACCCUCCUGGUACCCUGUUCAUUCUUCUACCGCACCAGCAUUCUUUGUACCUCAGUGUCGUCACCCUACCUGUUUAAAAAAUGCAUCUUUGUGGUUGCUUAAUGUCCAGUCGUAUGUUCAAGUCACUCCUCCCCCCUCCACCUUUUCCUUCGCUUACCGUGCAACCGCACCUUCGGCAUUGAUUUAUGAGGGCUGAGUAGCCCUCCGUGCGCGCUUGUUCACGUAUCUAAUUAUCUUGCAUCUCACAUGCGCCAGUAGUCUGUCAUUGCGAAUCCCGCUGGCAGCAGCUGACUUCAAAGUAGGGAAGACUGACAAUUCUCUUUUUUAACUUGUUACCAAAUGCAGCCGUAUUGUCACUGAAGAACAUCACCUCAGUUUCCGGCAUAUUUUUAUAACCGAAGUUAUGCCAUUUUUAUCCUAAUCCACCAUUGUUUUUAUUUUAAGAGACAUGUAGUGGGAUGCAGCACCAAGUAUGCACGCCCAGCUACCAGAUUCUUCAAAAUUAUUCCGGUUUAAUUACGACCCCGAUUGAGCUCAAAUAUGUGAAGCAUGUUGGUCAGGGCCUGGCUAGCCACAAAAAAUGCCGUCAAUCCGUUUUUCAAUGCCAAUUCCUACUGUAUUAUACCCUUAACUCUCCCACAUAGGUGGAUGAUCUAUCCGAACAGCUCAAUGAUGCCAGAAAGCGGGCGGCCGAUGAGUUCAGCCAGCGUCUCAACAUUGAGGCAGAACUGUUGGCCUGUCAGCUGGACUACAGGACCUCCCUCUCGAAUUCCAUGUAUGCUGGAUACUCUACGUCCGCGAGGUAUACUCCCUGCAACUCAAUGACCCAGUCCCUUUCCGUUGGUAAUCCGCCGUCGGAGUUCAACUCCUGCGAUCUUCCAUCUAAAAGCCACCCGCAGCUGCCGGCCUCCUUGCCUUCCACGCCUUCCUGA